CUCCCUGUCCCCUGUGGGCUGGUCUUCACCUAACACAGUUGGAAGAAUCACAGUUUCCUCUCAGAAGUCACAGAAGGAGACAAGUUCUGUGGCCAAGUUGAGGCUCGACUUUACAGAUAUUGGCAACUGUCAGGAGAACGAUGACUUGAUUGGUCUUUGUUCUGGACAGUUUACAGGAACCGCACCAUCGAGCCAAGCGAACGACCUGUAUGAGGAAGGUAACGUGUCACCCACUCAAGAUAUUAACGAGCUGAUGGGCCUGUGUACGGGAAGGUUUGGUGGUGAGCCCAGAGAGGUGGAGAAGAAAGCUGGGGUGAUGUCGCGUCUUGUAACAUCCAGCAGUAACUUGGACUAUGGUCACCACACUGAUGAUGAUGAGUUACUGAACCUCUGCACUGCAAAGUUUACCACACAAACAUCUCAAGAAAAUUCAUCAAGUGCAGCGGCUGAUAUGGAGAAGCCUGGAAAUCAACUGGAAGAUGUAGAGUCCAGACCAGUACCUGAUAUGAUUGUGUAUUCAUCGGAUGAGGAAAAUGACAUGCAUAGGCAAGCCAAACUGAAGAUUAGGAAGAAGAGGAGGAGGAUUAUGCAGUUUUCUGAUGAUGAAGACGCUCAGGAUGCCAUUGAGUACGAUGACGAGGAAAAUGAAAUACGCAGAACAACUUUCAGCGGAUUUAAAGACAAGAUGAAAGGUGGUAUACGAGCAGAUUUCUUGGAGAACGAGGCAGAACUUUCAGGGUCUGACUUGAACUCAGAUGAUGAGGAAGAUGGUGAGGAUGUGAUGGAGAUGGAGGAAGGAGACUACGAACACUUUGAUGAAAAUGAUCUGAGGAACCAGGUUGGGAGAGCUCACUUAAAGAACGUACUCGACUCCGACAAGCGAGAGUUGAGGCUUCUUCAGGAAAUGUACCUGGAGGAUGGAGAGCUACAUGGGGAAGGCAGGCAGAGGCAGUUCAGGUGGAAGAAUAUGGGUGAUGAUGAGGAAGGUAACGAGAGGAAGGCGAUGUCUGAUGAAGAAGGAGUUGAGGAAGAAGGCGAAGACGUUGAUUGGAGAAAACAGAGAAUUGAGAGAGAGAAGUUCUUAAAGGAACAAAAAACAAAGGUGGAAGAUAAUGAGGCACAGGUCUUCAAGCUUGGCCGCCGUUCCAUAGUCAGAAGCACAUCCCUAAUAGUGGACCCUGCUAGCAAGAGGGAGCCACUACAGGAGGUAAAUCGCCCACCGGCCAAAAUCCCCCAAAUUACCAAAAAUCUCCCUCCUCUGCUGCCCAAGCGUGGCUCUUUCUUGGCCCGGGACAAGGUCACUUUAGCCCGUAUCGCCGAACUGACCAAAGCUCGAGGGGCCGUCGUCGGCGGAGCCAAACAAGCCGGCAACUUUGUCUUCCAGCAACUGUCGGCCGAGGAGGUGCAGAAGAAGGUGGAGUCUACCAAAGUGAUGAAGGCCCACGGCUUGCCCGCCUCCAAGAGACCGAGAGUCGACCGUAGCUUCUCUAGUAUGGACAUCACCAGUCAGUCGUCGAGUAUAUUUAAGUACUUAUAAUAAUUACUUUGUACAGUUAGUAGGUAGAGGUAGUGUAGAGAUUUAUUGUAGUAGGUAGAAGAGUUUACUGACAAGACACAAAGACUAUGGAAGGGUGGAAUAGUGUGAGAACCCAGUUACUUCAACACCUCCCUUAUCUUGUUAGUAAUAUUUAUGAGGUACAAAUAUAUAUGUGUGGUGCUGGGAGCAUUGUGAAGUAGCAGCCACAGUGAUAACAAACUAUAUUUAUUGGAAACAAUAUAUUUAUUAAAUGCUGGACAGAUUUUGUGGUAAGCAUGACUACACGGUGCGGGUAAUCAGCUGUUUGUGCUAUGUAAACAGAUCAGCUGGGAAUUUAAUGUUGCAAUAACUCAUCUAGGGUUGAGUGUGGCAACAUGCCAUCUCACAAGCCACCUCAUCCCUGUUUUUUUCCACUUCCCAGUGAGUCAAGCUUCCGUUGAACCGAAUUUUGACCUAAGGUUAAUUAUUGCCUGUUCUUGUAGGCACGUCCAAUUAUCCGAACCAUUCAUUAGUCCCAAGGAGUUCAGGUAAAAGGAAUUGCACUGUAUGGGGGAUGUGCGGCAGUAUAGCAGAUAUUUUCCUCAUACGUGCGGGGGCUUUUUACGUAUAGUUCAGCAAUAAUUUGGCCUGGUAAAUGCGGACCUCUGUAUAUAUGUAAUUUAUGGUAUUUAGCUGGAGAUUUGAUUGAAUUGAAAAAGGGAGAAAAAUGUAACCUUUUGUCCUUGUUUAAACCUUUUGUUCCUUUCAAGACAGUGUUCAUGGAGUCUUAAUUAUUACUGAAUUGUGUGUAAGAGGAUUAUCCGUGAGAGUCAGACAACCACAACAUUUAUUUGUAAACAUCAGCUUUAGUGAACAACAAGAGAAGCCACUGAAGAAGGUUAAGAGGAUUUAGGGUCCUGCGGCCUCCCUGACACAGUGUUGGGGACGUCAUCAUCACUUGUGUAGCUCGGCCAUCACUACCUGAUGGUGUGGUGUUCGGGCUGCUCCUCCAUGUUGGACUUUCAACUUCAUGAGGUAAACCAACGUUACCUAACACAAUUUUGAGCACAGUGCAUGGCUGUCUGACUGCCACUGGUUCAAAUCCUGGAACUCAGGUGAAAAUUGUUUACCGACGUUCCUCGGAUAAUUUUUAGUUUUUCAGCCAAUGAAACGUUUGAUUUAAUAAAAUUACUUUUUUA